AUGUCACACAAUGAAUCAACAUCCAAUGUACACCUAGGUGGAACAAAAGAAAGUAAAAAACGAAGAAAGAAAUCCAAUGACGAUUAUGAAAUUAAUCAGUGGGCAGGUUUGAUCGAUGACAAGCUAGGACUGGAUGGCCAAUCAUUGGACAGCGGAAUCUCACCCACGAAGAAAAGAAAGGUAAAGAGAAGCAGUGCAAGAGAAAGCUCUGGCGAAUAUCAUGGUGCAACUCUACAACAAAGUGAUUACAAGGAGUGUAAUGGACACGGAAUAUCGCAGCCAGAAUUUGAACAACACGUGGGCAACACGCUGUUGCAAAUGAGCAACCCUGAGACUGAUAAAGUAGCCGGUGAAGAAUACCACCAGGGCCAGUAUGAGACUUACAACAGCAGCAGUUUCCCCCAUGUUAAAUCAGGAGAGUUGAAUGAAGAGCAACAAGCGAGAUUGCUUGCAGCAGCUAAUGCAAUGGUGGAGGAGGACAUGAUUCCAAUGUCCUCAGAACCUGAAACAUCCGCAGCUAAUGAUCGAUCUACUACCAAUGAGCUUGGCAACACCUCUUCAAGGCCGCAGAAAUUUGCGCAUAAAAAACCUAGUCAAGUUGGACCCCCUGACCUUCCCGAAUACAACUUUAGCGGUAUUCGAGACGUUGAUGAUUUAAUCAUGGAAACAUCGCGAAAGGCGAACGAGUGGUUUUCAACAAAAGUACCAGAAAGUAAGCGUGGGAAGCCGCGCCCAUUCACUGAUGAAGAAGAUGCAAUUGUUGACUAUUAUUUGGCGGGGUUUUGUCAUUUGAAGAAAUGGAACCGAGAUGAUUUGUGCAACAGAAUAUGGACCAAUGAUCGUACAAAGGAUAAAUUUUGGAAAAAAGCAUGCAAAGCAAUUCCGUACCGAACACAAUCUAGUAUCUACAAACACAUCAGGAGACGCUAUCACAUUUUCGAUGUAAGGGCAAAGUGGAGUCCCGAGGAUGACGAGAAACUAAAAGGCUUGGCCGUGACACAUGAGGGACAAUGGAAAACCAUUGGCGAAGUAAUGGGGAGAAUGCCUGAAGAUUGCAGAGAUAGAUGGCGUAAUUAUAUUAAAUGUGGGCCAGGAAGAACGUUACAAAAGUGGACCCAGGAGGAAGAAACCAAGUUGAUAGACAUUGUGAAUGAGAUGUUACAUAGCCUAAGAACUAAAGACGGGAAGGAUAGUGAUACCUCUAAAAUUAAUUGGACAGUGGUAAGUGAGCGCAUGAAUGGAGCACGCUCUCGCAUUCAAUGUCGUUAUAAAUGGACAAAAUUAAACGAGAAGCAGAACCGCAUUGCUUUACCAAGAAUGAGCUACGGGACAAAGCUUUGGCUUUUGCGAAAAGUUGCAAAGAAACGCGUAAAGUCAUUGGACAAGGUGAAGUGGCACAAGGUAAUGAAAAGUUACUUGAAAGACGAGCCAGACAACGCAGGAUGGACAAAGGAUGAAUUUGAAGCAUACUUGCGUGAUGUGAGUAAACACGAUAUCGACAAGCCUAAUUUUCUAGAUGCUGUAAAUGAAGAAGUUACAAAAUUGAAAUCGUUGUCGGAUGAAUCUAACGUGUGA